AUGGCAUUUAGCCGCGCAUUGGACACUCCGUCCAAGAGCAUCUUUAGGACUUUCGCGGUCAUGUUGCUUUCUAUACUGGCGUCUUUAUACUUUAUCCACUGCCUCGCGGAGCGAUGCGGGACCUGUAUCCCCACGGAGAGAAGAGAAACGGGUCCGGUGGAGGGAUUUUACGUCUCGAAACUGAAAGAUAUUGAGUCGCUGAGGAGAAAGAGACUUAAGAAAUGGACCUCCACGAGACCUCUGGUGAUGAGGCGCCACAGCUUAAUCCACCGGCUCGGAAGGGUCAGGGAAGAGAAUCUUCCUGGACUUGAGGCAAACGUAAAUUUGUCGAACUCUUCGGAUGUACAUUUGGAGCCGGGAGGCUCGUAUUUUGAUACAGGUAAACUGAGCGCGUUAGGUGAGGGCAGUAAGAAGCUGCCCCAGACAAUCAUCAUCGGCGUUAAAAAAGGCGGAACGCGCGCGCUGCUGGAGUUUCUGCGCGUGCAUCCAGAUAUUCGCGCGGUCGGUGCGGAGCCGCACUUCUUCGACCGUAACUAUGACAACGGACUGGACUGGUACAGGGACCUGAUGCCUAAAACCCUGGAAGGCCAGAUCACCAUGGAGAAAACACCAAGCUACUUUGUGACCCACGAGGCUCCGGCCCGGAUCUACGCCAUGUCCCGCGACACCAAGCUGAUCGUGGUGGUCCGGGACCCCGUCACACGAGCCAUCUCUGACUACACGCAGACGCUGUCCAAGAAGCCUGACAUUCCUACUUUUGAGAGCCUGACGUUCAAAAACAGGACUACAGGGCUGAUCGACACGUCGUGGAGCGCCAUUCAGAUCGGCAUCUAUGCCAAACACCUGGACAACUGGCUGCAGUUCUUCCCCAUGAGCCAGAUCCUGUUCGUGAGCGGAGAGCGGCUGAUCAGUGACCCCGCCGGAGAGCUGGGCCGUGUGCAGGACUUUUUGGGGCUCAAGAGGAUCAUCACAGACAAACACUUCUACUUCAACCAGACCAAGGGCUUCCCUUGUCUCAAAAAGGCAGAGGGCAGCAGCAAGCCCCAUUGCCUGGGUAAGACCAAAGGGCGGACCCAUCCAAACAUUAACCCUGAGGUUGUGCAGAGACUUAGAGACUUCUACAGGCCUUUCAACAUGAAGUUCUACCAGAUGACUAGCAGGAAAUUUGGAUGGGAUGACUGA